CAUGCCCUCGGCCCCCUGCCGCGGCGCCCUGCUCCUGGCCGCCGCCGCCUGGCCCCCGCUGGCCGGCUGCGAGGGCGCGCCGCCCGCGGCGUCCACGGUGGCCCUGCGCGUCCACGACGGGUUCACCCUCGGCAGGCCCUCUCAGAGCCGCGAACGUCGCCUUCGAGGCCGGGCGGCUCCUGCUCUUCGCGGGGUCCGAGGACGACGGCAAGCGGAACAUCGAGACGCUUCUGGAGAUAGAGAACUUUACCAAUGACAGCCGCUACCUGGAGGGACCGCAGCCGCUGGACGGGCCUCCCGUCGUCGUUCACCCGACCGCGUUUCCCGAGCAGGGCUACUGCAGGACGACUUUCGACGGCGUCGUUCACUGGCUCGUGCCCUGGUUUCACAACCUCUAUCACCUUCAUGCCACGAACAUCUACCCCAAAGCGGCGGAGCUCCUCACUGACCCCACGUGCGGGCCCAAGGUCGAGCUACCCUGCCGUGCCGGUCCACGACGGCGCAUCUACAUGCUGAAGGCUCCGAGGAGCCACAGUAUAAAGCAUGUGGAGGUACUGAAGAUCCUUUUCGGAGACGAUGUGCGCUCGGCCCCCGAGCUCUUGUCUGGUGGCCCCCACUGCCUCUCGCGGAUGGCCUGGGGGGGCUCGGGGCCCAACAUGCUCAACAUACUUGGCAAGGACAGCCGUUUCCACGUCCGCGAGGGAAUUGCAGUCGCCUCCGCAGUCCGCACCGCUGUGUUGGACCACUAUGGGAUCUGGGACCGCGACAGGGGGACGACAGAGAGCAUGGCGCUGGCCCAGGUGCUCGCGCGCCAGCCCGCGCAAGCGGUGCACGUCUCCCGCGCCCCGUGGCUCUCCCCGGGCCAUGCGCCCAGGAGAGGGCGCUUCAUCGCGAAUGACCAGCCGAUACGGGCGGCGUUCAAGAGACGCGGCGUCGAGAUGCGGACCUGCUGCAACUUCGACGCCGACUCGCUGGCCGACAUGGCCCGGGCCUUCGCCGACGCCGACGUCGUCCUGGGGAUGCACGGGGCUGGCCUGGCCAACGCCCUCUACGCGCGCCGCGGCGCGGUGAUCGUGGAGCUCCUGCACGGGCACGGCAGCGGCAGCGACUUCUACAGGCGGCUCGCGCUGCUGCGCGAGGGCGCCAUCGUCAGCAUGCACCUGGGGGCCAGCCCCUCGAACGAGAUCUCCGCCGACGAGGCCGAGGAGCUGGCCCGGUGCGCGGUGGCGGCGUGGCGCAGCGUCGGGCCCACGCCGGCCGUGGAGAGCGCCUGCGGCGCGGCCUUCGACAAGGGCCGCGCAGACCUGCACAGGACCGAGCUCGACCUGCGGCCCCGCGCCGUCCCGGAGGCGAACGUCUCGGGCGGCCCGCUGCCGUUCGAGCUGGCCCCCUGCUCGCACUCGGGCAAGUGCCCAGAGGACAUGCGGCGGCGCAUGGAGGAGCUCCUCUCGAGGGCGCCGAAGCCAGUGAACCUGGAGGUUCCGCCCGCCAGGGCAGGGGCCUGGCCCAAGCCAGGCCCCGCCAGAGCCAAGCCAGGAGCGGCAGCGCCCCCGCGGGGCCUGGAGCUGUGA